GGUGCAAGUAAUCCAGUACACCCUACACCAAUCAUUCUCCUGGGGUCCAUGCUUGAAUGACAGUCUGAAUACUCGCUUUCAAUGGCCAGUGCACUUCAAACCCAGAAGAUAAAUUAUCAACCGAGUAGUGCUUGGGUCGUGCUACCAAAAAAAUAACCUUGAACUUUUCACCGGUCACCUGUAAAUCAAUGGAGCGGCACACAGCUUUUGAACAAGUGGCCUGGUAUACAUAUCAGAGCAAAUCCCUCGUAUAACGUCACCAUCAUCAGACAUCUCAAUCAACUCGAUGGACUGAAAUAAGGCCCUCAGUGAACAAAUAGCAUCGUAGCCAGUCAGGGGUCUGCGGGAAGGUAUGACUCGGACGUGUCAAAUCACGGUUAAUGUAGGGAAUAUUUUGCCCUUCACCCUCACAUCGCAUGAGUCACAAUCGGCCCAAGCAACGUGUAUUUCACUUCGGUUACUCCCCUACCGUUCAUUGCGCAUGGAAAUAUCCUACUCCAGUGUCAGCAAUGUCAGCUGUCAAUGGACGAAAGCAAUUGUCGCAAUACGCCGAGACGUCAGCUUGGUGUACCUGUGCUUGUGCCGCUAGCUGGGAUCAUGACGCGUUUUGAUUCAUCAGCGUAGCCUCGCAUAAACGUAUAGCCUGUAUCAACAGCAUUCCAGAUUUGAAGUCAAGUUUGAACAGGGUUUUAGCCUUAACCAGCACAUCGUGGAAUUGAGAAGCUCUCUACUGACGCUUUACUGUUUAGCACUUUAUCAUGGCAGGGGUGGACAGCGUGAUUUAUCGGGGGCUAAUGUAUCUCCCUGAAACAGUGCUGUCAAGCUAAGUUAUCACCCAUUCACCAUAAGUUAGUGUGCUAUCUCAUGAUGGCGUAGUUCUGUGAAUAUUUACCGACUAAUGGAAUACUUCUCCCUGGAAAAUGGAUAUUGUCAUGCUUUGUAUAUGGCUGACUUCGACUUGCAUUCUAAUCUCUGCUCGACUUCCAUGCACUUUUUUUCAUGCCCCACAAAUAUCACAGCAAAAUUCCGCGCGGUGCUCCAUCGGGCUAUCCAGACCGGCUUGCGGGAGGGAGCAGACGACAUCCAGAUCAACGAAGCCUUGCAGCUCCAAAUCGGCUGGAUGCACAUCCACGAUCCAACCCGACACGUACCAAGCCAUGCCCUCUUAUUAUUUAUCAGAUACCAGACAAAUUUCCAGCGGAAUAGACGUGUACAGCCUACCACCAAAAGGGUGGUACGGCCCGCUGCAAAGUCUUAGAUAAUAAAAUGCAUGCAAAAGUGGCAACAGUACUGACAUUCUGAGCAUGCUAUCCCUACAAACCAUAUAAGAAA